AUGGGCUACCAGGCACAGGGGCCCGUCAUCCCGCCGCAGAGCAAUCUAGAUGACAGAGAAACCCUCGUUUCUGAACAUAAGCACGAAGGGAAAACUUAUCGUCAGUUCACAGCUGUUUUUAAUGUUGUCAACUCCAUUAUAGGAUCUGGUAUAAUAGGAUUGCCUUAUUCAAUGAAGCAAGCUGGCUUUCCUCUGGGAAUAUUGCUUUUAUUCGGGGUUUCAUAUAUUACAGACUUUUCCCUUGUUUUAUUGAUAAAAGGAGGGGCCCUCUCUGGAACAGACACUUACCAGUCUUUGGUCAAUAAAACCUUUGGCUUUCCCGGGUAUCUCCUCCUCUCUGUUCUUCAGUUUUUUUAUCCUUUUAUAGCUAUGAUAAGUUAUAACAUAAUAACUGGAGAUACUUUGAGCAAAGUUUUCCAAAGAAUCCCAGGAGUUGACCCUGAAAACUUGCUUAUUGGUCGCCACAUCAUCAUUAUGCUUUCCACAGCUGCCUUUACUCUGCCUUUGUCCUUGUAUCGAGAUAUAGCGAAGCUUGGAAAGAUCUCUUUUCUUUCGACAGUUUUAACAGCUCUGAUUCUUGGAAUUGUAAUGGCCAGGGUAGUCUCAUUGGGUCCAUACAUACCAAAAACAGAGGAUGCUUGGGUAUUUGCAAAGCCUAAUGCCAUUCAGGCUCUUGGUGUGAUGUCGUUUGCAUUUAUUUGCCACCAUAACUGCUUCUUAGUUUAUGGUUCUUUGGAAGACCCCACAGUAGCUAACUGGUCCCGCGUCAUCCAUGUGUCCACCUUGGCUUCUGUACUUACCAGUACUCUCUUUGCUACAUGUGGAUACUUGACCUUUACUGGCUUCACCCAAGGAGACUUAUUUGAAAACUAUUGCAGAAAUGAUGAUUUGGUAACAUUCGGAAGGUUCUGUUAUGGAGUCACUGUCAUUUUAACGUACCCAAUUGAAUGUUUUGUGACUAGAGAGGUAAUUGCCAAUGUGUUUUUUGGUGGGAAUCUUUCGUCGGUCUUCCACAUUAUUGUAACAGUGGUUAUCAUUACUGUAGCCAUGUUUACAUCAUUGCUGAUUGAUUGCCUUGGAAAAGUUUUAGAACUCAAUGGUGUGCUCUGUGCCGCUCCACUAAUUUUUAUCAUUCCAUCAGCAUGCUAUCUGAAACUGUCUGAAGAACCGAGGACACAUUCAGAUAAGAUUAUGUCCUGUAUCAUGCUUCCUGUCGGUGUCAUGGUGAUGGUUGCUGGACUAGUCAUGGCCAUCGCAAAUCCUCAAGACUGCACCCAUGGGCGGGAAAUGUUCUACUGCUUUGCUGACAAUCUCUCCCUCACAAAUAUCUCAGUUUCUCAUCUUCAACUGACAACACAACUUUCAGUUUUAAACAGCAGUACCUUUCAAUGAGUUGACUGCUUUCAAAAGUAUAUAUGUUUUGAGAGACUUCUAAACGGCAUCACAUUCACACACGUUUUAGUCUGUAUAUUAUAAAAUUAUUAUUUUGGCAUUUAUCAAGACUUAGUUUCCUUUCCUCAUUAGUCCAAUAUAAAAGAUAAAGAGGAAAAGAAAACUGAAUGUAUUUUUUGUUUUAUUGCUUUAUUUUAAACAAAAUUAAUAUUUUGUUUUAAUGACUG